AGUGCGUUUCCUGCUGGGUGGUCGCCAAGGAGAGUUUAAGUUCCUGCCCCCGCCGGGCUACGCUCCGUGUUUCGAGGCUGUGCUACCCAGGGAGAAGCUGAGAGUGGAACACAGCCAGGAGUACAAGGAGGACCACAGUGAGACCAGGGAUCUACUGGGUCCCACUAUCACCCUGUCCCAGGCUGCCUUCACCCCUACACCUGUUGACACCAGCCAGGUUGUUCUGCCUCCUCACCUGGAGAGGAUCAGGGAGAAGCUGGCCGAGAACAUCCAUGAGCUGUGGGUGAUGAAUAAGAUUGACCUGGGCUGGACCUACGGAGCUGUACGGGACGAUAACAAGCGGCAGCAUCCUUGUCUGGUGGAGUUCUCCAAGCUGCCUGAGCAGGAGAGGAGCUACAACCUACAGAUGUCUCUGGAGACUCUCAA